UACGACUGUAGUCUGUGUGAAUGGUGUGUAUUUCUUUCGGCUGUCCUGUGUAUUCCUUAUGGGAAAGAAUAAACAAAAAAAAAUAUAUAAAUCUAUGAUUGACACGUCUAUCACGGCGGACAAUAAAAGUUUAUCGCAUACUUUUGUAAACCAGAAAGGAAAAACAAAAAAUUGGUUUACUGAAAAUGGAUUUUAGGUACCAUCAGAAAGUACUAAUCUAGCUAUCAUAAACCCAUUCUGUAUUCUGAGCUCGCACGUUUUAUUUUUGUGAGUAUAGGAUUUUACAAGUUUUUAUUAUGUCCAACCAAAAUAAAUAUGGACUUAUUUUACGUGAUAAGUCAAAACUUACUUUCCAAGCUUCACACAAUGUCUUUGGAAAUGAUUCAGAAUCAGAUGAUGACACAGGGAAGAAACCGGUUCUUCUUCAACCAAGUGUGAAUACAAAUAGGCAGUCAAAAAUCUCACAAGAAAAAGCAAUUAUAGAUGAUCCAACAGUCUAUCAAUAUGAUGAAAUCUAUGAUUCCAUGGCCAAAGAAAAAGAAAGCAAAAAAGAAAAGAAGAAAGAUGAAAAGAAACCAAAGUACAUUGAUAACUUGAUGAAAUCUGCAAAUAAAAGGAAAUUAGAAAACGAGCGUAGAGUUGAACGUCAGGUACAAAAAGAAAGAGAAAAGGAAGGUGAUGAGUUUGCAGAUAAAGAAGUAUUUGUUACAUCAGCUUACAAGAAAAAAUUAGAAGAGAUUCGCAUAGAAGAAGAAAAAGAAAAACGUGAAGAAUAUUUAGAAAGUAUAGGAGAUGUAACUAAGCAGAGAGAUUUAGGUGGAUUUUAUCGACACCUAUAUGAACAGAAGCUAGGAUCAGAUAAGACUCCUAAAAGCGAACAAACAACAAAGGAUGGUACUCCUGAAAAUGAAGAAGAGACUAAUGAUAGUGAAUUUAAGCCUGAUGAUGUUUCUGCGAACUUAAAACAAAGUAAACAACGAAAUUACAGAAAGCGGAAAUUUUCAAGUGAUACAAAGUUGUCUGAAGGUGAAAUUGAAGAUUCUGAAAAUGAAAUUAAUUUCUCUAAUCUGGAUGACAUCAAAAGUUUUAAAAAAUCGAAACUUUUAAAAGAAAACGUUGAUGCAGAUUCUGACUUUUCCAUUGAUGAAUCGAGCGAUGAAGAUACAAACGAGAAAAAGAAAGAUGCUGUUAGUGAUAAUAGAGCUGAAACAUCUAAUGAAAAUGAAACAAAUGAAACCAAUGUCAUUAAGAAGACAGAAGAUGUUCCAACAGUGGAGAAGGAAUUAGAACAGCCAAAAAUUAAAGUUGAUAUAUGGAAGAAAAGGACUGUAGCAGAGGUAUUUGAAGAAGCCCUAAAAAGAUACUAUGAAAGAAAGGCUUCUCGCGGAAUUUAAUAUUAACAUACUAAAUAAAAUUAAAAAGGGACUUUCCAUAAAAAAAUAUUUGCUUUAAUA